CUCCUCUUGUGCAUAGACCAAGCGCUGUAACAGCUCCCAGCCACCCUGCCAGCUCUCUGCAUCUCCUCUUUACUGGGAGGCAGAUCUGCAUCAUGCGGACUGCUGGCUACAUGCAGCAGAGGAGCAGGCUGACAUUUCUGGCACUGGCAAAUAGAGAGGAAACGGUUUUCCUUUCCCUUAAGGGCAUGCGGAUACCAGGGAAUGCCUGAAGAACGGGACCUUAUGACUCCUCCUCAGUCAGCUGAUGUCGUGGAUGAAAACCUCUCUGCUUCCGACUGCCCCGAGCCCUGGAUCGAACCUACUUUCACCCUAGCAGCCAGGGUCCGUGUGAUUGUCACCAUCUGCUUUUUCUUGAUAGCAGCAUGCAGCAACUCAGUUGUGUUAUAUAGCAUCAUGAGGAAGAGAAGGAAGUCCCAUGUCCGGCUGCUGAUACUGAGCUUAACAGUGGCAGAUUUACUGGUGACCUUCACGGUCAUGCCCCUGGAUGCUGUGUGGAAUGUGACAGUCCAGUGGUACGCCGGGGACCUGCCCUGUAAAUUGCUGAACUUCCUCAAGCUCUUUGCCAUGUACUCUGCAGCGCUGGUGCUUGUGGUUAUCAGCAUAGACCGGCACUCAGCCAUCCUCCAUCCCUUUGCCUUCGCUAAUUCCAGUCGACGCAACAGACUCAUGUUAUAUGUUGCUUGGGUCAUGAGCCUUCUGCUGGCCUCGCCCCAGCUUUUUCUUUUUCACCUGCACACUGCCCCGGGUGUCAAUUUUACCCAGUGUGUGACACAUGGAAGUUUCCAAGAGCACUGGGAAGAAAUCCUCUACAACAUGUUCACCUUCACCACCCUCUAUGUCGCCCCACUGAGCGUCAUGAUUGUCUGCUACAUCCGCAUCAUCUGGGAAAUCAGCAAGCAACUGAAGAUCAACAAGGGUCUAGCAAGAAGCAAAAACAACCACAUCUCCAAGGCGCGAAUGAAGACCCUGAAGAUGACCAUUGUGAUAGUUGCCUCCUUCAUUAUCUGCUGGACCCCAUAUUACCUCCUGGGCCUGUGGUACUGGUUCCAGCCAGACAUGAUUCAAAGCAUGCCGGAGUACAUCAACCACAGUCUCUUUCUCUUUGGCUUGCUACACACGUGCACCGAUCCUAUCAUUUACGGACUCUACACUCCUUCCUUCCGAGAGGAUAUGAAGGCGUGCCUUAGAGGAAUAGAAACAGUAAUUACAGGGCAGGAGAGAAACAAACUGAUGUCCAGUUCUGAGAUGAACAUAAAGGACUACAUUAUAAAUGGCGGAGCAGCUUCGGGCGCUUCCAACGGCACAAUCAUCCACACGGUCUGCUAAAGAAAAGCAUCCGGCAGGAGAAAAGGAACUCUGUGUGUUCUUGAUCAGGGGCAUUGUGUUGGCCAGUAGCUCCUAUUACGGUGACUGCCUGGGAAGUACAGUACUAAUGCUGGCAUGUCGUUCAGUCACCCGCCCCUCCUGAAUUAGGUUUGAAUGGAACAGUCACCAGAAAUUAGUAACUUCUGCGGCUUCUGCCGCACUCAUGCUGAGUAUCACCGUGCUCUCCAAGGGGUCCCAUUGAUUCCCCCUUAUUCCAGGCCUGGGCCCUUGUGCUCUGCUUCCGAGGACCCCUUGGGACCAUGGGAGAGACUCAGAGAGGGGCUGGUGUCCUGCUACUCCACCAGCUCUGUAGAAGUCUUUUGCACAUAUCCUGUUCCCCACGGGCUGGUUCCACCCCCUUUAUAGCCUUUUCAUGCUGCUCUUGGGCCAGGUGCAACCUACUGUGAUGGAUUCUAGAAUUCAGUAUCUGCCAGCCCCCUGCUGCCAACCACUGGUUUUCUGGAAAUAUACGUUGACUUCUAAAAAAUAUAGAGGAACGGCCAGAUUGGCAAAAGAGCAUCCUUUCCUUUUUGCCUUGGUGGGAUCAUUCAUGGGGCUAACGGUACUCAGCUGCGGAGGUGUUUGCAGAACAGGCUCACGGGCCGGGCGGUUCUCACGGUGACUUCCAUGACAAAAAUGAGACGUUUCAGGUUUUGUCAUACAAAGUCUUGGUCUUGUCUUCCCGGCCAGCCUGCUCCUGACAUCACCUCCUCCGUGAACUUCUACUCAGCUGUCCCGUAUUAAAAGCUACUCACAUGACUCAGUACGUACCAGGCACCAGCCCUAAUUCUUCCACUGUCAUUCCUGUGACUGUUUUGAAUCCCUGGAAAGGGAGCUUGUGCUUGUUUGGUACUUUCUGAUAUAUGUAAGGUGGAAAUAAACGGUCAGUGGAUUGUUCAUGGGAAACCCUUAGCUGUGUCCAUGCCAUGCACCGGCACCGGGAACUCUGAGUUACGUUCACCUUUUAAUUGACAUGAUUACAAAUCAGAUAUGCCAAUGUGGGUAUUUUAAUAGCUUGUGGACAUAUGGUUUCCUGCCUGAUCAGUGCAGAGUACCAAUGUAGUUCAUCCCUGUUUAACCUUAAUACAGCGGAAGCCAUAAUAUGCCCUCACAUUUGGGCCCAGUGAUGCAGAAGGUUCCUGGAGCUUAAACUCCUCUUCUGGCCAAAUCUGGCAUUCCCUCCAGAAGCAAAACUCCCUGAGGUGGGAGUUUGGUCUGGGCAAAGACUGAAGGAUCAGCCCCUGGUUGUUUAGUUGUUGUCUGCAUUAAAGGAUAUGGUAAUCAAGAAAAGAGAGACACAACCCCCUCAUUGAAAGUCUGUGUCAAAAACCCAGUCCAAACUCUUCCUUCUGCAGCCCUAGGCGGUCACAAAGUGGGGAUUGCCACCUUGGCUUUACAGAGAGCUCCGCCGUCUACACUUGCAGUUUAACUAGUUUAAGACAAAGGCUGCUGUGGCCGUUGAUUAGCUGUGUCGAAGGCAGCACCCCCCAGGAGAUUCAAAGUAGACCAAGACAGGAAGAGCUGCGCCCUUAGCCAUUCUGGGGAAUGAAUAGCUUCACCUCCCACAGCCCCAUAUUUUGCUGCCUUGGUGUAAAUUUUUUAACUGUGACCCUGGAAAUGGAGGUUGAUGAUUCGCAAGCUAAUGGGCUUCAGACUAGGGCUGUCAAUUAAUCGCCGUUAACUCACACGAUUAACUCAAAAAAAUUAAUCAUGAUUAAAAAAAUUAAUUGCGAUUAAUCACAGUUUUAAUUGCCCUGUUAAACAAUAGACCACCGACUGAACCUUAUUAAAAUUUUGAAUGUUUUUGUACAUUUUCAUAUUAUUGUAUUCUGUGUUGUAAUUGGACUGUAAAAAAGUGUAUAUUAUUUUUGAUUACAAAUAUUUGCACUGGAAAAAUGAUAAACAAAAGAAAUAGUAUUUUUCAAUUCACCUCAUACAAGAACUGUAGUGCAAUCUCUGUCGUGAGCGUAAUUUACAAACGUAGAUUUUUUUUUUUGUUACAUAACUGCACUCAAAAACAAAACAAUGUAAAACUUCAGAGCCUACAACUCCACUCAGUCCUACUUCUUGUUCAGCCAAUCGCUAAGACAAACAAGUUGGUUUACAUUUACAGGAGAUAAUGCUACUUUCAUCUUAUUUACAAUGUCACCAGAAAGUGAGAACAGGCAUUUGCAUUGCACUUUUGUAGCUGGCAUUCAUUGAAUAAUAGAAGAUUAGGGUUGGCAGAGACCUCAGGAGGUCAUCUAGUUCAACCCCCUGCAAAUGGAAUCAUGUCUGGGAAGUGGUUCGAGCACACCUGUUCUCUAACCUAGUUGCAAACAUUGUUUCCGUGUGUAGUGUAGGCUGAACCUUGGUGGUGGUUUGUCAGUUGUUUGAAGUCUUGGUCAGAUCAGGCUUUGAGACAGCCUAAGAAACACUUCUACAGUCCAGUCUACCAUGCAAACUGGAAUCACAUCCAAACCAGAAACAAACCUAGAUUCACUCCGCUCCUGGGCCUCUCUCCAGUCUCACAUUUUCUGUGCUUAUGUCAAUUACAAGUAAAACUCUAGCACAUUGUGGGCACUUUCGCAGCCCCUCGGUGCCAUCUGCCAGGCCGGGCUUUCAAUAGGGAAGGAUGCUGGCAGCUGAUCGAGAGCACACCCGACCACAGAUUGCUUGUUUGUACAGACCAAAUGUUCAGCAUAACCC